GACUGCACAUCCCGGCUCCACCUAGGUAUGCAUUAAUCUUGAUUUCGAGUGACGGCUGUUCUCGCCUCCAGCUUAGCUCAGAACUCCCCUCAUCCGUACAUUCAGUCCCCUCCGCUGUGCACGAAAACACCUUUGCCUUCUCUCAACCCUCCCAGUGCAAGUAUAGGUGCCUUAACUGCUCCCCGGGUAUCAGCUACCGUCCCAGAACCAAAGGAAAGAUCAUUAACCACAGCCACCGCCAUGGCAGACAACAACAAGAAUGACGACUACGAGUCGAAGCCGCACGAGCGCACGACCAUGCAACAGGAAAAGGCUGUGAACAAGAUGAAGCAAGAUAAGCGCGAAGCAGGCCUACAAACCGCACGUUCAAGAUCAUCGUCUCGCCGCAACCGCCGUCAGCGUAUCGAGAAGGCUCAAAGGGACGGAAAGUACAUGAUGACUACCUCCGUCGAAGCCCUGGAAGAGGCCGACGCGAACGGCGACCUCCAGAAGAUGGGCAUGUUCGAGCGCAUUGGCCCAGAUAGCACAUCCAUGGAUGGUCCCGUAACACACGCCCGAGCAAUGCGAGGCGAGAUCCCAAUGCGCGGCACCGACCCUAAUCAGCCCCACACAAUGGUGCCUGAGAAGAAGAAAGGCUCGUUGGAGGACCAAGAUGGCCUGAAGCUCACCCUGGAGGCGAAUUUGGAGAUUGAGAUCGAGCUGAAGGCAUCGAUCCGUGGCGACUUGACACUUUCAUUAUAUGAAUAAUAGUGCAUGAUUGGACGUACCGAUGGUAGCAAUGCCGAACCAGUACCACGAAGCUCAUGACCCCCACCCCUCGGUACCGAUUCUUGGGCCACGAAGCCGGAAA